CGUGUAUGGGUUCUAAGAACAUUUCGCAACAGGCCCAUAGGAAUGCUGGGACGGUCGGUCCCUGCUCAAUUCUUGCGAUGGUGCAGUUCUCGUUGACGUGGUUGCCUCGGCCAUCGGGGGGACACGGGUCCGGCAUGCCCCUUUUGUGCGCGCCGCGGAGCAGGGCAGGCAGUCAAUAGUGUGAGUGCAGUAUUCGAUGUGCGAAUAUGAGCACGCGAGCAUCGGAACAUCUCCGUGCGGAUUCCUGCGCAAGUGCCAGGCCGCGGGCAAGACGCCCUUCUACAUCCAGAAGAUGCAGCUGGAGAUGUCUGGAGUGUGGGUGUCCAUCUUCGCGGCGUUCUUCGUGCCCGCGGUCGUGCAGGGAGGGGCCUGGGACCCGCUCGCGGCCAAGAGACUGUGGUGGAAGUCGACACAGCUCAGCUGCCAAGGACGGCUUCCCGAUGAAGGCCCCGUCGUCGGCGGAGGGGGCCUGUUCGAGGGCUUCUACUUCAGGGCCUUUGUGCAGCUGUUCUGUGCGGUAGCGCAGGGCUGGCUGGGCGGCAUAAUCGUCAAGAGGUUCUCCACGGUCGUGAAGAACAUCGCCAAGAGUUUAUCCCUCAUUCUGACGGUCUUCAGCAACGAGAUAUUCUUUUGGGAAUGCCACGACGAGCCGUUGAGUUCAACCAUGUACCUGCUCUCCGUGAGCAUAUUCUGCUCCACCGUGGUCUUCUCGCAGCUUGGGGAGGACGGAGCGAAGCCCCAGGCCCCUGCCGUGCCGCUGCCCGCGGUCUCCGCCUCGGAGCACCAGAGCUCUGGCUCGGGCGCGGCCGCCGCGGUCGAACUGGGCCCCGCGGAGGAGCGGCAGCCGCUGGUUUCGCCCGGGGCUGGUUUCGCCAGGCUGCUUUCGCCCGGCGCUGGUUUCGCCCGGGCUUUCCCCGGCCAGCUGGAAGCGGCGAACGUGACCCUAGAGACUUUGCAGGCGGCGUACGGUGCGGCCAUAGCUGCUGCGAAGGAGCGCUUUCAGGCCUAA